CCCGUGGUCUCCUUCACCCCAGGCAGCUGCGGCACAGCAACCUGGUGCAGCUCCUCGGCGUGAUCGUGGAGGAGAAGGGCGGCCUCUACAUCGUCACCGAGUACAUGGCCAAGGGCAGCCUGGUGGACUACCUGCGGUCGCGGGGCCGCUCGGUGCUGGGUGGAGACUGCCUCCUCAAGUUCUCCCUAGACGUGUGCGAGGCCAUGGAGUACCUGGAGGCCAACAACUUCGUGCACCGAGACCUGGCGGCCCGCAACGUGCUCGUGUCUGAGGACAACAUCGCCAAGGUCAGCGACUUCGGCCUCACCAAGGAGGCCUCCUGCACCCAGGACACGGGGAAGCUGCCCGUCAAGUGGACGGCGCCCGAGGCCCUGAGGGAGAAG